AAUCUUCACAUAUUGACAGAUCUGCAUUCACUGAUGAUAGUGAACUCAAUGUUGAAUCAUUGAUCAAGAACUUGAAGAACAUGAUAAUGAAGAAAUUGUCUGUGUCAUAUAUAAUCAGGUCUCUCAUGUCCCUCUCUGCUCUCUCUGUUUCUUUCUCUGUCACUCUCUCUCAAUCUUCUACACCUGCCUCUGUGUCUGAUUCUCCCGCUUCUGCUAUCCCUGUUCCUGUGACCCCUACUCUCACUACUCCUGGUUUUGCUGUCUCUGCUUUCAUUACUAGCUCUCCCCAUUUCAAGAAGAUAUUGUAUAGACUCAGUAAAUCACAUUUCUCAAGAAUCACUCUCUCUCUUAACAGUGUCAAGAUUAUAA